AUGGGAAAGUUUUGUUCUUUAAUCAAUCAAGACUCAGGCUACCCACCACUUCUACGGGUAUCUUUGCACCUUCGUAUCCAACCAAAAUUGAGCGAGUCAAAUAACACAACUUCCUUCAAGCCACCACGCAUCAGCAAGGCUCUCGACAGCGAACCGCUUCAUCACACUGGCUCGCUUCCAACACUCAUGGCGCUUCUUGCUGACAUUGAUGAGCUGGCACACAAGGCAAAGCACCAGCAUGGUUCGCACAGAAAAUGCGUCCCAUUUUCUAAGCCCGGCAGAAUUCCCUUCAUCGCUGCGCAUCCCGGAAUGUUGGUUGUAUGUGAAUUUUGA